AUGCCUGGAGCCACAGCCGCCGCCGCCUUUGCCGCGAUGCUCCUGGCUCAGGAGACUGCCAAGGUGUACCACACCAACUAUGUGCGGAACUCGCAGACCAUCAGAGUGCUGUGGGCCAUCUUCACCAUCUGCUUUGCCAUGGUCAAUGUAGUGUGCUUUAUCCAGUCCUACUGGAUCGGUGACAGCGUGGACACCCCGCAAGCCGGCUAUUUCAGGCUCUUCCACUACUGCAUCAGCAACUGCUUCUCCCGGGAGCUGAGCUGCAGGGGCAGCUUCACGGACUUCUCCACGUUGCCCUCGGGCGCCUUGAUCGCCUUCUUCGUCAUCGGCCUCUCCAUGAUGCUCAACAUCGCAUGCAUCAUUUGCUUUACCCUCUUUUUCUUCUGCAACACGGCCACUGUGUACAAGCUAUGUGCCUGGCUGCUCACCUCUGGUAGAGACUUCAAGGCAUUCGCUGGUUAUGCAGGAGAGGUGCGAGAUGCAGACCCAGGUGGUGAGCUGCCAGGGCUGGCGCUGGCACUGCAUCGGGUAGAGGGCAGGAGAGGUGAGGCUCAGUGGCGGAUGCGCGCCAGCAGCCCCUCCAUCUGGGAUGUCCAGCAGUGCGCGGAGUACGCUGGGAGGUACGCGCCCGCCGUCGUCAGCUGUCAGAAGAAGGUUGCUGGCUCAGAAGACAGGGAUGAAUUUGGUGACCCCACACAUGUGCCUGUGCUGGUGCCAGCAGGGGGCUGA